GCUGACGCGGUGGGGUCUGUCCUUCUAAGCAUUGUGUGUGUUGAAUAUUAACAGAUAUGAAAACUGUUGCGCCAUGGAUCAGAGAUCCAAAUAGAAGGACAGAAUAUAAAAAGGGUGUUUAACCGAGAAAUGCUGUGUGUGUGUGUGAGAGAGAGAGAGAGAGAGAGAGAGAGAGUGAGAGUGAGUUUGUGAAGUUAUUUUGUACAUUGUAUAUAUGUUCAGUCAAUAAUCUGUGAAUAAUCUCGUGUCUCAUUCUGGUGAUGUUUUUCAAUACACCAAGGACGAAAUGAAAGUAGAAGUUAAAACCUGUAGAGCAGUCUAUGCUGUAGGCCACAGGUUUCCCAGCACUGGUCCUGCACGUUUUAGUCUUUUCCUGGCUCUGACACACCUACUGGACAUUCUGGACGUGUUUAAACACACACAAACGAAAGUUCUCCAGGACCAAGGUUGGAAACCUGUAGCGUAUUAACUAGAAACCUUGAUGUUGUUGAUGCUUAUUUUCUUGACAUGAGUCUGUGAAAGUUCCUAGAAAUGCCAUCGCUGAUGUUAUUCUGUCAAGCCCGGUUCAUCAAUAUCAACAUCACGUGACAAGCUGAGUUUCCUGUUUAGCUGCGGUCGUAUACCUGGCGGUUGUGGUUUGUGGGAAAAUGGCCUCGGGUUCCCCCAUGGUGAAUGGGGAUCUGUCUCACCCCACGCAGUCUCAGACUGCUGCUGCACCACAAGAAGAGGAGACGCUCCAGCAGAUGAACAUCCUCAUCAAGGAGAACCGGGAGCUCAAAGAGGCCCUGAAACAGACUAACCUGUCGAUGAAGGAGAGGUUCGAGGGACUGUCUGCCUGGAAGGAGAAGCAGAAAGAGGAGAGAGGGUUCCUGGAGAAGCGACUCGAGGAGGCCAAGCAGAGAGUCCAAACUCUGGACAGCGAGAACGAGUUGCUAAAGAAACGUGUGCUGGAGAUGGAGAAACAGCAUUCUGGUGCAGAGGAGGGUGAUGGUGGGGGUCUGCAGGCCAAGCUGGAGGUGUUAACGAGUCAGAUCGCCCGCCUGCAGGCUGAGAAGAACGACCUGGUAGCUAUAAACUCUGAACUGCAGCUGAAGAUGAAUCAGGCAUCUCCGGAAGAUUCCUUCAUCGAGAUCCGCAUUGCAGAGGGUGAGAUGAACGUGACCAGAGAUUUACCUCCUCAGAAAGACCCAUUUGCAUCGAGCACGAUUAAAUCCGACAUGGCUGGGUCUCGGCUGGAAUCAGAGGAGCAGACGGUGAGUCAGCUGCUGCAGUCUCUGAGACUCGAGACACAACAAAAAGAGCAACUGCAAGUCAAAUUACAGGCUGCAGAGAAGAGGAUUGCAGAACUGGAGAGGAAGGAACCCAACAGCGAGAGUGGAACCCAGACGUCUUUGCCCUGUGUGACACAGGAGGCGCAGAGCAAGAGCUCUCAGGAGGAAACAGACAAAUCUGCCUCUGAGGUGGAGAACCUGAAGACUCAGUUGAUGGGUUUGUUUAAAGAGCUGCAGCAGGCUCAGAGUAAACUGGACGAGGCAGAGAAAAUGAAGAAGAACCUCCAGGACAGGUGUAAGGAGCUGGAGCAGGACCUGGGCACGCUGAAGACUCAGCUCGGGGAGAGAGAGCAGCUGCAGGCUGAGAACGACAGACUGAAGGUGCAGCUGGAGAGCUUGCAGGCUGCCAACAAACUGGAGCAGAAGAAAGUUCAGGAUGAAAGGACUGCGUUGGCCCAGCUGAAGGAUGCGUACACCAAGCUGUUUGAGGAUUAUGACGAACUUCAGAAAGAGAAUAAGAAACGACAGGGAAGCGUAUCACAGGAGGAGUACAGUGAGCUUCAGUCCAGGAUUGCUGCAGCGGAACAAGCUUUAGCGGACAAGCAGCAGAAGAUCGACUUAAUGAAGCAAGAGCUGUAUGAGAAGGACAAAGAGCUGGAGACCAUCUCUGUAUUCAAGGCUCAGGCAGAGGUGUAUUCCUCAGAUUUCUACGCCGAGCGAGCUGCGAGGGAGAAGAUUCACGAGGAGAAAGAGCGCCUGGCUACUCAGCUGGAGUUUUUCAAGAAGCAGAACAUCCAGCUACAGGAUGAGAUGGAGUCAAUGGGCAGGCAGUCUAUGAGUGAGAUGCAGAGGAGACACGUGCCUCGUGGUGCAAACCCAGGCGAUCCUCCACCACACCACCACCUGCAGGGAGGCAGAGUUGAUUGGCAGCAGCAUGUGAAUAUUCCCGAGCACGCCUGUCCUAAAUGUGGGGAAGUCCUUCCUGAUCUGGACACUCUGCAAAUCCACAUCAUGGACUGCAUCAUCUGAGCAUCAACACCCUGUUAGUGUCGUACACGUCUUCACCUGAGUGACACGACGAACGGGACAGCAGGAUCUGAGAAUGCAUUUACUAUACAAAACCCAUUGCACUCGUAUCUAACAAGCUCCAUCGAGAAUUUCGUUCAAUUUACUCUGUAGUUGCUCUGCAGAUCUUAAUCACUUACCCUUCUUAAAUAUGUACCGGAUAUGACCGAGGGCACGGAACUGAUCUAUAUAUCUUGUGGUAAGAUGUUUCGACUUUAAAUGAUUGAGGUGAAUGAAGCGAAAAGAAUGGGAGAGUCCAAACAGGAGGCUGGAAAUGAAUGCGGACGGUUGAAUAAAGAGUAGGAGCUAUAUUUAUGUUUAUAUAAUAUAAUAUAAUAUAUAGCCAGAAACAAAAGUGAAGGUGGGAAUUGUUUAAGUUCAUUGCUUUGAUUUAUAUUUAGAUUACGAUUUAUUUUUGGAGAAGGUAUUUUGUGUUAAAAUGUAUUUACGUUUAUUAGAAUGGGAGGGAAAAAAAUGCACAGGGAGUGUGUUAAGAACUCGAUCUUAGCAAAUUGUUUAUGUCGAGGUGAAUACAAGUAGCGUGUAGGACGGAUAAAGCUUUAAAAAUGCUCUAAUGCUUUAUUAUUUAUGCAGGGGUCUUGUGUCGUCUUUGCUAACAAGAGUAAAGCUGUAGCUGAGUUCAGGUGCUGAUGCAAUUAUACCACCUAUGCAUCCACAUUUAGCCUGUAAUACAAUAAAAACGUUCAAAUAAAAUACUAUAUUAUCUAUA